AUGUUGAACGACACGACGAAAUACGCAGCAGUUUCAUACACAUGGGGCAGUGGGCAUGAUAGCAUACGCAGGAUUCUACUAAAUGGAAGUAUCAUUUGCGUGCGCAAGAAUAUCUGGAACUUUCUGUCUAGAAUAGCAGAUGAAGGGGAGCGACAGCUCCUGUGGAUUGAUGCUUUGUGCAUCGACCAGCAAAAUCUAUUUGAAAGAAAUCAUCAGGUGGCUAUUAUGGGCGAUAUCUAUUCAAGAGCCUCCAAAGUAUUGAUAUGGCUAGGCUUCGGGACGCAGAAGAUGCACGAACAACUGAUGAAGCUGUCUGACCUUGCCAAACCCUCGGAACGGAUCCGUAUCUCUGAGUGGGAUCAAGCUUUUGCAGACUGCAUUCUAUGCUUGUGCUGGGCACCAUACUGGACACGCGUUUGGAUCGUCCAAGAAGUAGUGCUCGCCUCAGAACUCGAAAUACUUUGCGGAACCCAAUCGAGAAUUGACGGCACAGAAUUAGCCUGGCUCUACAAGACUGCGGAACACGAACUGGUGUACAACAGCGGCAAUAGGAAUAGCCUCGUGGCAGAAAUUUUGAUCACCUCACCAGCAAUGCAUAUCAUUCGACACCGGAUAGAUCGACUGCAGACUCUUCCACAACAGCGAGGCUUACCUGUUAUCUCACUCCAGAGUACCUUUGCAGGACUCCAGUGCAAAGACCCACGGGAUCGUGUUUAUGGAAUGCUCGCACUUGCCAAUCCCGACGACCUCGCUCUCAUCGAUAUCAAACCAGACUACGCGAAACCGGUAGACCAGGUUCUAUUCGAGUGGCGGACUAAACUGUUCAAAUAUCGAUGGAUGCUGUCUUACCCACUCUACAUACCGCCUCCGCGUGUAGAGGGCCUUCUAAAAUGCGGACUGCACGAGACUGCAUGGACUCCUUUGUUGGCUUGGGAAUAA